AUGGCAGUCUUCGCUCAGUACGACUACCUCUUCGCGGUAGGCACUAUCUUUGCCUUCCUCGAUGCCUGGAACAUCGGUGCCAACGAUGUCGCCAACUCGUGGGCUUCAUCGGUGUCUUCCCGAUCUAUCAGCUACUUCCAGGCUAUGAUAGGUGCUAGUAUCAUGGAGUUCACUGGUGCUCUUGGUGUUGGUGGCCGUGUGGCUGAUACCAUCCGAACAAAGAUUGUUGAUGUCGAGGCCUUUGACGAUAGCCCUGCUCUUCUUAUGCUGGGUAUGGUCUGCGCUGUUGUUGCUUCUGCUAGUUAUCUCACCUUUGCUACCCGUUUUGGUUUCCCUGUGUCUACUACCCAUUCUAUCCUUGGUGGUGUUUUGGGUAUGGGUGUUGGUGCCCUUGGUGGCUCUGGUAUUACCUGGGUUGGCUACAAGGAGGACGGCUCUCUUGAUAUUCAGCAAGGUGUUGUUCAGGUCUUCCUCGCUUGGAUCAUCGCACCUAUGCUUUCCGGUAUCUUUGGUGCCGCCAUCUUCCUCUUCACAAAAUACUGCGUCCUCCUCCGCAAGAGCCCCGCUAUCAAGGGUCUUAUCCUCGUCCCCUUCUACUUCUGGGCCACUGCCUCACUCAUCGUCAUGCUUCUCAUCUGGAAGGGUGGCUCUUAUGAGGUCAACCUUACUGAGGAGCAAAUCCCCGGUGUGAUCGUCGCCGCUGGUGCUGCCUGGGGCCUUCUCAUGGCUAUCUUCCUUGUACCCUGGUUGUACCGUAUUGUCAUCAAGGAGGAUUGGCAGCUCAAGGCUUACCACAUCUUCCUUGGCCCUCUCCUCCUCAAGCGUGGUCCUGUCCCUCCCACCCCCGACAACUUCCAGGGCGUUGUCCGCAACUUCUACGAGGGCCAUCUUACCCGCGAGGAGCUUGAGGAGCGCCGCACUCAACGCGCUGCUGCCCUUGGCGAGGAUCUCGAGGCCGCUGGAAACGACAAGAAGGUUGUCACCGAGCAAGCUUCCGAGGAACCCGCUGCCAAUCCUCACCAGCACAAGUCCAUGGUUGGACCCAAGCCUGAUGCCCCUUGGUACACUGGUGCUUUCAUGUGGUGGGCUUUCAAGUUUGCCAUUCUCCACGGUGUCGAUAAGGAUAUUGUCAGCUCCCAGAGCGAAAAGUCUGUUGUUGCCGGCGACGUUGAAGAGAUCCACGCUCGUGCUGAACAUUUCGACAACCGCACCGAAUUCCUAUACACUUUCCUCCAAGUCAUGACUGCUGCCUCUGCCUCUUUUGUCCAUGGCGCCAACGACGUUGCCAACGCUGUUGGUCCUUAUGCCUCCAUCUACCAGAUCUGGCAGUCUGGCACAGUCCCUGGAAGCAAGGCUCAAGUUCCCAUUUGGAUCCUCGCUUUUGGCGGUGCUGGUAUUGUUAUUGGUCUCUGGACAUAUGGUUACAACAUCAUGCGGAACUUGGGUAACCGUGUGACUCUCAUGUCUCCUGCUCGUGGCUUCUCCAUGGAACUCGGCUCUGUUAUCACUGUCAUCCUGGCCACUCGUCUUAAGCUGCCUGUGUCUACUACUCAAUGUAUCACUGGCGCCAUUGUCGGAGUUGGUCUCUGCAACGGAGAUUGGCGUUCUAUCAACUGGCGCAUGGUUGGAUGGAUCUAUCUUGGAUGGUUCAUCACUGUUCCUACAGCUGGUCUGAUUUCAGGUUGCUUGAUGGCUUUCAUCACAUACGCUCCUAACUGGAACUAG